UAAAAACUCGUGUUCUCCUCACAAAAACGAAAAAACGGAUUCAGAUGGGAGACUGUGCGCCAUAGUCCAUUCAUAACUUCAAAGUUCUCUCUACUUCUAAACCUGUAAUUAUCGAAAAAUCCAAACAUUGGCUAAAUCUUUGGGCUCUAUAUACCUGAAGAGUACCUACUCACCCUAAAAGAGUUAAUUUGAAGCACUCAUCCUACCCCACCAAUCCUCAGAUGUUGUAACGCAUAUAGUUCGUGGCAUGAAAGUGUGUGAGAUAAACGGGUAUCGUUUGUAAUGGCCGCAACCUGACCUUCGUCGUGUGGCACUCAAGUCUUGUUUUCUCGUGGAAGUUGUAUGCUUCCAAAAUAAAUUCACCCAAUAGCCCUUCAUUAAUUGUACGCACUUGACUUCUCUAUUGUCAUUAUAGAUCCCGAAUCGAUAGUGAGUAUUGUGCGGCUGUUGCUAAGAGAGCUGAAAAAAUUGAACUGAAGGGAACAAAAAAAAUUUUUAAGUGCGUUUGGAUUAAUUUUUUUUAAGUGCAAUGAGUGAUCACGAUAGGAGCGAUGAUGAUCCGAUAAUGGACCUGUGGUAUAGCAAUUGGGAACAACAGUGCGUCCAAGCAAUUGAAUCAGAGCCCGAUUAUGAGAGCCAGUUGCACAAUGAAAAGGAAAUAUACUCUCAACAGAUAUGGACGGGCUUCCAGACAACAGCCUCAGCCAUUGCCCAGCUUUACAAAGAUCGUACACAGGGAGCAUCUCUUUGGUUACCCUUUCAAACCGCUGCUGGGACAGUCACAUCUCUGUAUAAAGAUUCGUUGGAUGGUAUGCGAAGAUGCGGCGAAUUAGGAUUGGAGAUGGGAAGACAAAAACGUAGCAAAGAAAUCAUGAAUUGGGCACGGAAGAAGCGUCGCAUGAUUCGAAGAGAGGACCUGCUGGCAUAUCUGGCCGGAAAACCACCACCACCGCGACCACACACUCACAGGAGUUCUCCGAAGCCACGCAUGAUGGUCUGUGGCUCGCCUCCCUCGCAGAGCCCAGCACCGAGUAUGGUAGUUUCUCCAACACCACCACCGUCCGAUCAAGAUUCAGAGUUACAUACCUUUAGAGAAGCUAUUGCCUUAUCCGGUUCACAAAUGUCACGACGUACAGGAAGGCAGUCGGAGCUAUCAGCCUUCAUAAGUAGUGAAUUUGCACGACAUCAUAAACGACCGGCCUCACACGACGUCGAUAUGGGUUCUCCCACGCACAAACGCUCGCGUUUCAUGUAACGAAUCGUGUUAUUGUAUACGUAAGCUACAAUAGAAGCACUGGCCCUCCCUCCUCGUGCUUCUGCCACCCCUCGAUUGAAUCCAAGGAUAUGUAAUCGACACAAAUUAAACAUCACGAGGACAAGGAUUCCAACUACUUCUGCCUGAUUCGUUUAGCGACUAAUUGAUUAAAAUGUUAUAAAUCUGUAAUAAAAGAUAAAUAUCAUAAACUAUUAUCGAGAAGAAACUCUGUUGCCAUUUCACUUUGUAAGGGUACAGAAAGGUCAGUGUGUGAAAUAAUUCGAAUCAGGAUUCUUCAUUUAGCAGACACACUUCGAAGCUAUUAAACGCAUACCUAUUUAUAAAUACUGAAUAUAUGUGAAAUUAAUCUCAUAAUGAAGUUUAUACAUAUCUACAGGUACACAUUAGGGGAUAUUGAACAUCAACAGUUGUCUGUCAUCAAACAAUUCAAUUUUAGAAUUGUAUAAAUAAUCAUAGUGAAUUAAUGUCUCAGAAAGCUACUUAAUGUCCCCUUUAUGUUUAUGUACAUGUAUAAGUAUGAAAUUGAAGGGAUUCUCAUGAAUUCACUUAUAAAUAGAUCACCGUUGAUGAUUUCAAUAAUUCAGAUUUGAAUCGUUAUUGACGCACAUUUCACUAAUUAUCAACUAGCCAGGCAGCAUUUAAAUUCCAAUUAUUUCCUAAUUUCAUUCAAUAUGAGGAGUAUGCGGAGAGAGGAGAAAAAUGCGCGCAUUAAAAUUUUUCUUCAAUUAUUUUUCCCGUAUAGUUUCUGACGAUUUCUCUUCUAAGAAUCGGUAUUAUGUACUUUUUAAAGUCGAAAACUCUAAAAUUACUGCGGAAAAAUAUUGUCCCGUUUGUUGUCAUGGGAUUUUCUUUUCACUUAUUUUUUCACUUAAUUUUUCCAUGCACAAUUUUCGCUUGAAAAAAAACCUGAAUUGUAUAUUUUAUGAACAGAGAGAAAAAAAUACUCGAAAAAUUGUAGAACUUUUCCAUAAUCGGUUUUCAGGGAACAGUACUGUAGGUAUCAUACAAAUUAUCCUGACAAUUUCGGAAAAUUCCUGCUCUCUAGAACAAUUUUUAUGGAAUGUACUUUUCCCCGAGAAGCAAAGUCACCCUACGAUUACGGAACGGUUCCGUAAUUUUUCCAGUAUUUUUGUCUCUGCGUAUGGAAAAAAAAUCUCAAAGAAACACUUUGUCUUCUUAUCGUCGUGGAUGGUUGUCUUUUCAUCCUGGAAAUACAUGUAUUCAUGUAAGUGAUGUGCAUGCAUCAAUACGUAAAAAAAUCGAAUGAACCUGAAAUAAAGAGUUUCUUGUAUGCAAUUCCAAAUGCUACUGAAUUUGUUGCCAUUCUAUUACAUGCUCAUACAUUUCAUUCGUAGUCUUCUAGCUCCUCUUUACGGCUUUAAACGCCAUUUGGCACCUCCAUAACAAGUGAUUGCCACUUUCAUAAAUAUGAAAUAAAUUU